AUGUCUUUCCUACAACCCAGCGUGUCUGCACCACCAUUACCCUCCAGACCGAAGUUCCCGCGCUAUCUCCUCCCCGCCCUCCGCAUUCCCUUCACUCGAUGGCGCAUCCCCGAACCAGCGCUCCAAACCCCAGGCAGCUCAGACCCCCCAUCACCAACCGGAAGCAACACCAGCACAAGCACCAGCAACACUUCAGCCGUGCCCUCCCUCUCCACCUCGCCAACCUCACCCACCACCCCCUCCACCGCCGGCCGCCGCCUCUCCCGCACCCGCCCCGACACCCUCCGCUGCCGCUCCUGCGCCACCGACCUCGCCUUCCACACCCAAAUCGUCAGCAAAUGGUUCCGGGGCCGGCACGGGCGCGCCUACCUGGUCGCCCCACCGCCACCCAUCUUCCCCACGGCGAUCCGCUCGCGCGUCCACGCGCCCGCCAACACCAUCACCCACACGACCAGCAUCCGGCGGCACGUGCCCUUCACGCCCGUGCUGGUGCCGCAGCCACCCCCGCAAACCGCCGCCGCCAAGGUCGCGCUGGCCGGGGACCUCAUCGACGAGCUCGUGUCGGGCGCCAACCUGCUCAACGUCACGCUCGGCCCGGAAGAGGACCGGCCGCUGAUGACGGGCCGCCACGUGGUGGCGGACGCGCGGUGCGCCGUGUGCGGGGCCACGGUCGGGUGGAAGUAUGUCUCGACGGGCCAGCCGUCGCAGGCGUACAAGGUGGGGUGUUUCAUCCUGGAGACGAGGCGGGUGGUGAGCUGUCGCGGGUGGGAGGACGGGGAUGAGUGGGUGCAUGGGCGGGCGGGGUUGUCGCUGGAUGGGCGGCCGCUGGGGGUGGAUGGGAGCGAGGAGGAAGUGAUUCCUGUGGGGUGGGCGGAGGACUGGAAGGGGGAAGGGGAGAAGGAGCAGGACGCGGUUGUGUUUGACUCGGACGAUGAGGACGAGUGUGAGGAUAUGUUUGAGGGGGUGUGGGAUGCCAGGGUUGUGGCGUGCCGACGAAGACGAAAAGCUGGGAACGCCUAA